AUGCGGUAUUCUACCUGGACUCCUGGAGGGCUCACACGUCAACUUCGUGGCCGCUUGGCCGGUGCCGCACCGUCACAUGACCUUGGAUCACCACACCGCUUGCAAUUAGGCUUUGAAAAAAUGUAUCAUGGCUCGACCAAGAUCGUCCAGAGGGAGACUGCCCCUAUGGCCAACCGGGGCACCAUCGUGAACGUGGUAUCGUGGUUGCUGCUGGUUUUGUCCAUGUGCACACUCGUCGCUAGAUUCUGUAUGAAGUUAUCAAUCAAGAACCAUGCAAAGCGAUUUGGCUUGGAUGAUCUCUUCAUCGUCAUCGCUGCUGUCUUCAGCAUCGGCCACACAGUGACGGCGUCUAUAGAGUCGAUGCAAGUCCUUGGCCCCCGCAUCGACGACUUGAAUCCAAGUGAAUUCGUAGCUUUUCGCAAGGCGGAAUGGGCCGGCUGUAUGCUCUACAUCGCCAACAUGGGAUGCGCUCGAGUCUCAAUAUGUCUCCUCAUCAAGAAAGUGCUCCCUGGAAUCCUUCCCAACACCGCUGCGCUCGUAUUCAGCAUCUUCACCUUGCUGUGGGGCGUCUCAGGAAUCCUCGUUACCGCUUUCAUGUGCAGUCUUCCGGGCCCAUGGCUCUUCCUGGAGUUCCUGGAUGGCAAGAAAUGCAUUGACAUCGUGAAAUGGGUCAACUACCUCAGCAUUACCAACAUAGUCACCGAGGUUCUUCUUAUAUCGAUACCCCUUGUUCUUUGGAACCUGCGCACUUCUGCUGGAAAGAGGUUUUCUGUUUCUUUUGCCUUCAUGGCACGUUUAAGCAUUGUCGCAGCUGUCAGCAUUCAACUCUACUACUUCAAUCGAUAUACUCUCGAGUUCACCGAAUAUUGGCGGGUCGUUCUCUGCGUUCAAAUCGCACAGAACCUUUCUAUCAUAACGGCCUCUCUGCCUUGUCUCAGCCCAUUCAUCAUCAAAAUUCUUGCCGGGUCCGUGCAAACCGAGAACAUUCGUUUCCGUGGCACCCAAAAAUUUACUAUGUGUGGACUAAUUCCCCCGAAGAACAACGGUUCAAAGCAAAACGAAGGCAAGAUCAGCUACGAUCCCAUGUCCUCCCAGUCUUCCGCGCUUGUCAAUAGUGACGGCGAGAAGAAAAAAGCAUCGGAUUAUUGUAGGCCUUUGGCAACGUAUGGACUGGAUCGAUCUUCUGCGCAUCUGAAUUCCCAACAUUUCAACCGUUUUCCAUCGAAUAGCACGAUUCAGAUUGCGGAUCCCGAAAGCCCGCCGCCGAAAGAUGUUUUCAUGGCACCUGUUGCUAUACCCACGUAUCGACCGACUAUACCUCACUCUGGAAACGGGUCUCAAAAUGCUUCACAUUCAAGAAAUCCCUCAAAAACGCGUGCGCACUCCCGUACGCCGUCCGACAUCCCACAGAAUCUCUCGGACGUAGGCGUGCUACCUCUGAUUGAAUGGGACUCCGACAGCAGUGACCCGGGCUCCGGGCGAAGCUCACUAACCAGAAGACCUGAUUCAACGUACAUAUUCAACCGAAGCAAGGUCAUCAGUGUGCCGGAAGAGAGUCAUCUGAGGGAGGGCGAAAACCAAGACGAAUACUACAAAAAGUAUUAUCCACCGUUACCCAGCCCUAAGUUGCCACCAAAGAAGUAGCUUUUCUUAGACAAAUAAACAUCUUGUUUUGUUGAUCACCCAUCACAUCUCUAUCUAUUUCCUAAUACAGAAGUCGUUGUGCAUGUCUUUGCAUCAUACACGGCGCGGAUUCAUGACCUAUAUCGGGCUUGUUUCAAUACGAGCCCAUACACAUGCAAGCCUUCCGCCGCCCAAUCUCCACGCCGCAUCGUAC